UCAGUGUCUGUGACCGGUUGGUUUUCUAGUGUCUUCCCUCAAACACCUUGCUUCCCACCAGAGAUUGAUUAUUUGCGUGCCUGAGUAAGUUGCCGUCUUCCAACAGAUAUCAGAAUCAGGUUCUCUCUGUGUAGAUCCCUCUAGCACCUUGCUAAGUAUCGUCCUUGCAGGAGACUUGGGAUUAUUCGAUUCUCGGUCUGAAGUCGGCCGCGAGUUGUGAAAUUUACUAUGGCUCAAGUCGGUAAUGAUUGCUACUUCUUCUACUACUCGAGCUGCAAGAAGGGACGCGCUUGUCCAUUCCGACACAGUGCCCCUGCACUUGGCAAGGAAGACGUCUGUCAAGAUUGGGCCAAAGGAAGCUGUAUUGUUCCGAAUUGUGCACGUCGCCACAUGGGAAUACAUAAAUACCGUGGCAGCAUGCCAUGCUACUGGGAGUCUCAGCGAGUGGGGUGUACCAAGCCGUUCUGCCCAUUCAAGCAUUUGAAGCCCCGUCCUGAUGCGCCUCUGCAAACUGGCCAAGUACAACCCACUAGGACUGCACCCCAAGGAGAUCCAGUCAAAGGUGGACCAGCGUAGGUGCUUCAACCUGAUUUCAAGUUGCUGAUGACCAUACCGGAUGACAGCAGUGCACAGCGCAGCGCUACCAUCCGGACUAUUGGCAAUUCUAAAGAAAGACUGCGACACGCCCGAACACAAGGGGUUGCCACCGACUCAACUGCCGCUGACUCCAGAAUGGAUAUGAGAAGAGCAACUCGAGCAAGGAGCCGAUACCAUUGGGUUCAUGCUCGCGAUCAGCUAAAUCAACAGCAUAGAUCUGAAACUGCAAGGCGUGGUCCAGGUCCUUUGUUACCCACGAAAAGGAAAGCAUCUGUUCAGCAAGAAGUCCAAACAAAGCCGUUAGCCAAACGACGCAGGCCUGAGCCUGUUGCUGUUCCAGCGUCCCCACAACCGUCCACCGCUGCUGGUCUUCGCAUCAAGUCUUUAGAUGAAAUCCUUGCUGAGAAACGCAAGCAUCACGAGACCAUUAGUGACAGCACUGUAUCUGCAGAAGACACCUGUCAAAGAAGACCGGCCGAUUCAACCAUCAAGGAAUCACCAUCAGUAGUUUCCAGUUCAGCAAGCAAGAAUGUAUGUAGUCCAGUAUUGAGUACUGCACCUACCAAGAGUUCCACUCCAGCGACACCACCUGCUAAGAUAACAAGACUCAGCAGUCAUUCUUCCGCUAAGAAGGAAAGCCCAGCCACUACGAAGGUGUCCCAAAGUGAAGGAAGUGAAGUUACUUCCACUGCUGAUACUUCGACUAUGAAGUCCGAUGCCAAGUCUGAAUUUGAUUGGCUCGAUGACAUCGACCUGCUUGAUGACGAUGCAUUUGAGAAAGCGAUGAGAGAAUUUGUUGGUGACGUAACCUACGUCGACUUGAAUAAGCCAGACCUUGACGAAACAGUCAACAGCGACGAUCUACUCCAGGAAGCGGAGCUGAUGAUUUAGACUAAGAGAACUGUUGUGUAUUUCCACAUUAAGCAGUGUGCUCACCAUUUGCCAUGCCUACAUCAUGCCUAAUCGCCAUUGGGGAUAUACACCCGGUUUUUUCCCUCUCUACUGCGUCCGUCGGCGCGAGGGUUUUUUCCCGGCUGGCUCGGUCCAGGAAAAUUAACCUGACGGCCCCAAGUGGUUUUGCGUCAUGCCCUAUUUCAGCUAUCCGCUGGCUCACUUAUUUGGGCAUCUUCGCCUAAUGCUUGAUUAUUAUUACUAAUAAUGCUUUGAGUGCUGCUUGAUAUAUCAGCAUAUAAUGCUAAUUUGAAUGCUCGCUUUUCACUUUCUCGCUGGCUGUGUUGUGCAGAAUCAUGUGCCAACCUUUACUACAUGUACAUUGCAUUGUCAUUUCAUUCAGUACAAUGCAAACAUAUUAUUAUUAUGGCCAUAUUUUCGACAACGCUGCUC